AUGGUGGACGAAUCUGAUUCAAAUAUCACCGAGAAUCCGGAUUGUAUGCACGUUGUUCGGCCAGUCUCCGGAGACAUCAAUGUGAUCUCGCCUCUAUCAUUUUUCAGCUGUGAAAAGACGUCGUCCACUUCAAAUAGUCCUGUCAAAUGUCUACUUAUACUUAACCAGGAGAUUCAUCUUCCUUUCAAGUUUUUUGACAGACUCUGGAAGAGUACUUCGAUAAGGAUUUGUGCCGAUGGUGGUGCUAAUAGAUUGUACAACUACAGUCGGCAGAAUAGUGUUCUCAAUGAGUAUACUCCCAACUAUAUAGUAGGUGAUCUUGAUUCUCUUAUAGAUCCAGUUAGAGAUUACUAUCUGAGUCAAGGGACUCGAAUUAAGAAGCAAGGAUCUCAAUUCUACUCGGAUCUUGACAAGUCUAUCGCUUUGAUUGACUUACUAGUGAAUUUCCCAUCUGUUGAUGUUAGUAAAUUGGACGAUUACAGUGGUUUGGAAAAGACGGAAGUUGAUCGAAUUAAGGGUCAAGACAGGCCCUUUUUUAAGCAAAUCUUUCUACUGGUAGUUGGAGGUAUUGGAGGACGAUUCGACCAGACCAUAGCGACAAUAUCAAGGACGAUCCAAUCUCUUUCACAGAGACCGUUCAUAGAUUUUAUACUCUUGAAUUCUGAGCAUGCAGAGUUUGUUCUUCUACUUCCAAAGGGUAAGAACUUCAUUGAUUUCCCAACAGAAAAGGGAUUCAUGGAUGAAGAUAGGGGUGACAAUCCAAGAAAUGUUGGUCUUUUACCACUUUCUGGACCUGCCAACGUCACUACUAAAGGUCUUAAAUGGGAUGUGCAAGAUUGGAGAACGGAGAUGAUUGGUGAUUUAAGUCUUUGUAACUACCAAGUGGGUGAUAAUGGAAUUUACCUAGGAACUUCUAGUGAAUUGUUUGUUAAUAUAGAGUUCUAA